GGCGGCGGCGGUCGGUGCUGGCGCGACGGGUCGGGGGGUCGGCGCGGCGAUCGGGGCUCUCCCCAGCGCGCAGGGCCUUUGCCCCCUCCUCGGGCCGCGGCACCGCCGUCGCGGGACGCAGCGGCACCUAACCCGGCCUCAGCCGGCCCAUCGCCGGCAACCACGGACGUGGAGGCGGCGGAGGCGGCGGGCGGAGCCGAGCCGGGCCCGGCCCGGAGGGACGCGAGUCCUCCCGCCGCGGGGGAGCCUGCCCCGCCGCUCGGUAGGGAGGGCCCUCACGGCGCUGGGGCCUCCGUGGCCGGGCUCGCUCCUCUGGGGGAACGCUGAGCCCCCGCCGGCUGUGUGCGGGCUGCGGGGCCGCGCUCCCGGCGCCGCUGGGGCCUCCGGCGGGGAGAGAGGGAGGCCCGGCCGGGCGAUCCCCGUGAGGGGCGGCGGGGUGAGGGCAAGGGGGUGAGCAGAAAAGCCCCAUCUCCUCCGCCAGCAUCUUUGUUUGCCGGGGCCUGCCGCGGGGAAGAGGAUCGGAGAGACCCGGGCGGGUGAGCUGCCGGUGCCCCCGUCUCUCUUCGGGGCCUUCCUCCCCCGCCUCUGCUUUUCGGGCGCUACCUCCGUUGUCGGCGGGGUUAUUUCACCCCUUUCGGCUGGAUAUCACCGGUUCCCGAGCAUCGUCGGUGGGAUCCGGCCGAGGCAAGAGCGGGUGGAGGAUUAACGCAGAGGAAACAACAGGUCUCUCCCUUCUCCUCGCCUUCCAAAGCGAUACCAGCGCCUUGCUCUUGGGAUUAUAAAUGUUUGAACUAAGACCCAGGAAACUGGAAGGGGAGCCUCCCGUUGGAAUUAACAGAAGAGGAAAGAAGGGAGGCUUUUCCAAAUCCUUUACGAGAAAGCUUGUGCCGUUUUCCCAUGCUGUCCACGCUCUCUUUAAUAAUGCGAUUGUGACCUGAGUGGAAUUUAUGAGCAAUGAACUAUUGAAGCUUGUUGCACCACUGCAUCGGACUACACUUUUUUUUUUUUUUAUAUUUUGUUUCAUUCUCAGCACAUGAUUCCCCCAUCCCAGCUGUUGGAGGACCUAUGGGCCAGUAAUAGAGGGAUGGGAAGCUGAGACAGUUUAUUUUCACAUUCUUCUCUUCUGGGGACUUGGCUAGUUAGCUGAAGCUGCUGCUGCUUUUUACUGGAUCCGCUCUUUUCUCAGCGGGUUUACUUGUUUUCAUGUGCACGGGGUGUUUCAAUUAAAUAGACAUUGGACUAGAGCUGAAUGGAUGCUUUGCAAUCCGAAAGGUUUUUUGGGGUAACAAAAAACUACUAAAAACAGAGAAGAACUGGUACUGCAGGAAACCUGGGGCCUGUUUUCCAAGCCUUUUUAUUUUAUUGAGCAAGAUGAUGUGUGAGGUGAUGCCAACCAUCAGUGAGGCAGAGAUUCCCUCUGGGGGAAAUGGAGGCCAUGGUUCAGGUUCCCCGUUACAGUCAGAUGCUGAUUCCCAUUUUGAGCAAUUAAUGGUGUCCAUGUUGGAAGAAAGGGAUCGCCUUCUGGAAACACUAAGAGAAACUCAGGAGACGCUAGCGUUGACCCAGGGCAAGCUUCAUGAAGUUGGUCAUGAGAGAGAUUCCUUGCAGAGACAGCUCAAUACUGCACUUCCACAGGAAUUUGCAGCACUUACAAAAGAGCUAAACGUAUGCAGGGAGCAGCUGCUUGAAAGGGAAGAAGAAAUCGCUGAACUGAAAGCAGAACGAAAUAACACGAGGCUGUUACUGGAACAUUUGGAGUGUCUUGUCUCCAGGCACGAGCGAUCUCUCAGAAUGACUGUUGUGAAGAGACAAGCUCAGUCUCCAGCAGGAGUUUCUAGUGAAGUAGAAGUUCUCAAAGCACUAAAAUCUUUAUUUGAGCACCAUAAAGCCCUUGACGAAAAGGUAAGGGAGAGGUUACGAGUAGCACUUGAAAGAUGUAGCUUAUUGGAAGAAGAACUAGGUACUACACAUAAAGAGUUAAUGAUUCUGAAAGAGCAAAAUAAUCAGAAGAAAACACUUCCAGAUGGGAUGCUGGAUAUAAAUCAUGAACAAGAAAAUACCCCAACUACAAAUGGGAAGCGAUCCUCUGAUGGUUCUUUAUGCCACGAUGAAAACCUUGCUAAAGUGAUUGAACUCCAAGACAUCAUAGAUAAGCAAAACAAAGAGCAGACACAGAUGAAAGAACGUCUUACUGCUUUGUCUAGCAGAGUAACGGAGCUGGAAGAAGAUCUUGACACAGCUAGAAAAGACUUAAUAAAAUCUGAAGAAAUGAACACAAAGUUACAGAGAGAUGUACGAGAGACUAUGGCCCAAAAGGAAGACAUGGAAGAGAGAAUUACGACUCUUGAGAAACGCUACCUCGCUGCACAACGUGAAGCUACAUCUGUGCAUGACCUCAAUGAUAAACUUGAAAAUGAAAUUGCCACUAAAGACUCCAUGCAUCGACAGAGUGAAGAUAAGAAUAGGCAAUUGCAAGAACGACUGGAACUCGCUGAGCAAAAGCUGCAGCAGACUUUGAGAAAAGCUGAAACUUUGCCCGAGGUGGAAGCUGAGCUGGCACAGAGAGUUGCAGCACUUUCCAAGGCUGAGGAAAGACAUGGCAAUAUAGAGGAACGACUGAGACAGAUGGAAGCACAGCUAGAAGAAAAGAAUCAAGAACUACAAAGGGCUAGACAGAGAGAGAAGAUGAAUGAAGAGCAUAAUAAACGUUUGUCAGAAACCGUUGAUAAGCUUCUCUCUGAAUCCAAUGAAAGGCUCCAGCUUCAUCUCAAGGAAAGGAUGGCUGCUUUGGAAGAUAAGAAUUCACUUAUUCGAGAAAUUGAAAAUUCCAAAAAGCAAAUAGAGGAACUUCAGCAUGAAAAGGAUCAACUUGUAUUAAAUGUUGAAGCAUUAAGGGCUGAAAAUGACCAAGUGAGACUCCGAGCCACAUCACUUCAUCAUAGCCGACCGGAUUUCAGAUACCCUGUGACAUCCUCCUCUGUGCCUGACAGUCACACAGACUCCUAUGGCACCUCCUCAGUCUUGAGGCGUCCCCAGAAAGGACGUUUGGCAGCUCUCAGAGAUGAACCUUCAAAGCACGUUCAAACUCUGAACGAGCAGGACUGGGAGCGAGCCCAGCAGGCGAGUGUGUUGGCAAACGUGGCACAAGCAUUUGAAAGUGAUGUUGAUGUGUCAGAUGUUGAGGAUGACAGGGAGACCAUAUUCAGUUCGGUUGAUCUGCUGUCACCGAGCGGUCAGGCUGAUGCUCAGACUUUGGCCAUGAUGCUUCAAGAACAGUUGGAUGCAAUCAACAAAGAGAUCAGACUUAUACAAGAAGAAAAGGAAAACACAGAGCAGCGUGCAGAGGAGAUUGAAAGCAGAGUGGGUAGUGGAAAUUUGGAUGCUCAUGGCCGAUUCCGGUCCAUGAGCUCCAUUCCUGCUCCCUAUGCCAGUGGAUCUCUUGCUGGUUCCUCCCCGCCGGGCAGUGGCCGCUCCACCCCGCGGCGGAUCCCCCAUAGUCCAGCUCGGGAAGUGGACAGACUCGGUAUCAUGACACUGCCUAGUGAUUUAAGGAAACACCGUAGAAAGUCUCCAGCUUCUAGAGACGAGGUACGAGAUGAUAAAACCACAAUAAAAUGUGAGACAUCACCACCUUCUUCACCUCGAUCUUUGCGUUUGGACAGAGUCCAAAAAGGAGCUUUGCAUACAGUGAGCCAUGAAGAUAUCAGGGACAUCCGAAACUCAACAGGCUCACAAGAUGGGCAAACAAGUAACCCUAGUAGCAGUAAUAGUAGCCAAGAUUCACUUCAUAAAGCCCCCAAAAAGAAGGGGAUCAAAUCCUCUAUUGGCCGCUUGUUUGGCAAGAAAGAAAAGGGACGACCUGGACAAACAAGCAAGGAGUCAUUAGGACAAGUUGGCAUGGCAGAAGGAGACGGUUCCUCUCAGGAUGCAUUAGGUCUCAGCAAGCUUGGAGGUCAGGCAGAAAAAAACAGGAAAAUGCAGAAAAAGCACGAGUUGCUAGAGGAGGCCAGAAGACAAGGUUUGCCUUUUGCUCAGUGGGAUGGACCUACUGUGGUGGUGUGGCUGGAGCUGUGGGUUGGGAUGCCAGCCUGGUACGUGGCUGCUUGCCGAGCCAAUGUGAAAAGCGGUGCUAUCAUGUCAGCCUUGUCUGAUACAGAAAUACAGCGUGAGAUUGGGAUUAGCAAUCCCCUGCACAGGCUGAAGCUGAGGUUGGCCAUUCAAGAAAUCAUGUCGCUGACAAGUCCAUCUGCCCCUCCCACCUCAAGGACGACCACGGGAAAUGUCUGGGUAACACAUGAAGAAAUGGAAAAUCUUACAGCCACACAACAAACGGAAGAUGAGGAGGGAAGCUGGGCUCAGACAUUAGCGUAUGGUGAUAUGAACCAUGAGUGGAUUGGCAACGAAUGGCUCCCCAGUCUGGGGCUCCCUCAGUAUCGCAGCUAUUUCAUGGAAUGUCUUGUUGAUGCUCGAAUGCUGGAUCAUUUAACUAAAAAAGACCUGCGUGGGCAACUUAAAAUGGUCGACAGCUUUCACAGAAACAGUUUUCAGUGUGGAAUUAUGUGCCUACGAAGACUGAAUUAUGAUCGAAAAGAGCUUGAAAGAAAAAGAGAAGAAAGCCAGAAUGAAAUUAAGGAUGUCCUCGUCUGGAGCAAUGAGAGAAUGAUCCAUUGGGUAGUGUCCAUUGGUCUUAAAGAAUACGCAAAUAACCUUAUAGAGAGCGGAGUUCACGGUGCACUUGUGGCCUUAGAUGAAUCAUUUGAUUACAAUGCAUUAGCUCUCUUGUUACAAAUACCCACUCAAAACACACAGGCUCGUGCUGUUCUGGAGAGGGAAUUUAAUAACCUUCUUGCUAUGGGCACUGACAGAAGACUUGACGAAGAUGACGAUAAGAGCUUUAGGAGAGCACCUUCAUGGAGAAAGAAGUUUAGACCAAAGGACAUAAGAGGUUUAGCUGCUGGAUCAGCAGAGACUCUUCCUGCAAAUUUCAGAGUUACAACCUCAAUGUCUUCACCCUCUAUGCAGCCAAAGAAGAUGCAGAUUGAUGGCAGUGUAUCAGGAACACAAAGAUUGGAUUCUGCUACAGUAAGGACCUACUCCUGUUAAAGCCUUCUCCUGUUUACCCACACUAUUUCUACCGGUGAUUAUGCAGCAUUUUCAACAUUUGGAACCCUUAACCUGUUAAUACUUGUUAAAUGGACACUUUGAGAUAUUUUAUUACAGAGUUUUUAAUUAGCAAAUAAAUUCAUGAGUACUAUAGAGAAAAUAUUUUAGAAUCUAAAUGUUUCUUAUAUUUAUGUGACUUCUCAUUUAUAUAGUUACUUACUUUUUUCUGUUUCUAUUCAGUCUACAAAUCAAAUCAUUGCUGAUUUUUUUAUUCUAAUUUUAGUCUUUCCAACUGAAUGUACUGUAAUGCUUGUAUGUAUAUGUCCCUAUAAGUAAUAUAGGGUUUUUGUAAAUUAUGCAGUUACUGUAAUUAUCAUUGUUUUUUAUUAAUGAAACUGAAGGUGAAAAGGAUUUUAAUACCUUUGUAAAAGUAUCACGACACCAAGCAGUAUAUAUUUUGUCUUUUGGAAACGUUAGCUUAGAUCUGAAAACAAGUCCAGCUUUUUUUCAGGUAAGCAGAUGUUGUUGUAGGAGGUAUGGUACAUCCUUGUUCUUCUUUUCAGAGCUGUACCCUUCCACAAAGAGGAUUUGUCAAGUAGUGGGAAUUUGCCUUUAUUUAAACUAUAACUUGUUUUAAAAGCUGGGAAGAACUCUUUAACACUAUGGAACACGUUUUAGAAGUGAUUGACUCGGUCAUAACACUCUGCUGUAUUUGUAUUAGUGCAUCUUCUCAGUGACUGAAAACAAGCCAUAAACCAAGAACUCUUUUUAUUUUUUUUUCCUUAACUGAGGAGGAUAAACUUCACAAUAAUUCCUGGUCGUAAUCCACAGGCCACAGAGGUUUUUUUGUUUGUUUUUUUUUAAUCCUAGAUCUUUUUGAUUGAAAACACUUGUUGAAAGAUGCUGGUGAAACUAGUUUUAACGGACCAAGCGUGAAGCACUGCAGGCUCGUGUCAAAGCAGUAGUGAAAGAUGAAGGUACAAUGGGCUGAAAACUAAAGCAGUGCAACUUCUAAUAAAGGCCUUACUUUUCUUAUGUAAGUCAUCUUUUGUGUUUUGUAAACUUGUUCUAAAGAGUUGUCUGGACUUUCAUUUUGAUGGUUGUAGCCAUUUUGGACUGUAUGAGUAGAAAAUGUAUCCAACACUUGUAAAUGGCAUAUUAAAAAGCCAGCAAGAAUCUGUUCAGAUGGUGCAUUAUUUAUUAUGCAACAAUAUAUAUAGCAUGUCUUUUUUUCUUAUUUUGUUUUCCACUUUUAACUUGCUUGUAAAACUGAAAUUCGUUGUUACUGUUCUGUUUUUCUAAUAAUCUUUUGUGUAUUUUCAGAUUAUGUAACAAUAUGUACAGUCUACUUUUGAACUAUUUUUAUCACAGUAUUAUUUAUUGCUUUCUUUCAAUAAAGUACUGAUGCAUUUUUCCACUGCCAAUAAAACACUAUUGAAAAGCUAAAGCUCUUAAUUGUAUGCAGGCAGAUACUUUUGCGGUGAGUGGAUAUUGUCAAUAAAGUAUCUUAAUGAUUGUUUGCUGCCCUGUAGAUAUUGUUUCAAAUGACAAUUUUUCUCCAGUAGAAAAAUGUUCUGUUGGAUGUGACGUUUUCUUUGGAGUUGUCCAAGUUCACAUGUGUUAAUCAGUUUUUGGAAAAAAAAAAUAAAUCAAAAACAGUUUUCCAAAGAAAACUGCUUUAUUGCCUACUUAUACUAGUAGUUAGAGCUAUGAUUUACUUUUAAAAAUAGUAAGGAAAACUAUCACACAACUUCAGUGUAUUCUGGUCCAUGUGAUGAAGAUUGAAAUGCUGUUCUGUACAGCAGCAACACUUGCUUUGUUAACAAAAUGAGAUUAUGACCAUAAUAAUAUUGGGGAGAAACAUAGGACUCAAGGGAGCCAAUACAAAAUUGGGUCACAAUAGGGCUGUUUAUGUCAAUUUUAAUAUAUUGUAAACCAUUUCUUGUGUAGAAGAGAAGACAGAAGGAUAAUGUUACAGAAUAACCGAAGCAGUAGUGAAGCCUAUUUCAUCAUGUCCUCUAGAUCAACAGCAGGAUGUGGAAUGCAUGGAAUGGAGAAAUAUUGUGAUUGAUGCUUUAAACAUUGUUCAAUAAUGCAUCUCUGUUUGUCUGAGCUUGUCUAUAUGAGUUGCUGUCCGAUCAUUUGCAGUCUCUUUUAUAUUUCCAGAGAAUCUAUCUUUCUAGAAAAAAAAAGGUAAAAAUGGAACUGCAGAACGAGAUCCUGACUCACUGUUCAGCUAAACUUCACUGUUUUUGACUUUUCCGGUCACUGAUGUGAUAGUAGGUGUUCAAAGUCAUGUAUUGUUGCUUCUCAAAGGUGAAACCAACGCGGAAUAGACUUGUAAAAUGUGAAAAGAAAAUACGUUUAUUAUUUUAAGGCUGUAAACCUUAACUGUUAUGGAACAAUGGAAUUGACAUGAGAGCUAGAAUAAAUAAGUGAAAUAGAAAAAGCUUUCACGAACUGGCAAAA